AUGAGAAAAUAUGAAAAUGAUUUAAAAAAUAAUUCACAAAAUUUUAGUUUAUUCAAAAGCAAAAUGAAAGAAAUAUCAAAGAAUGAUUUAUCAAAUGUUAAAUUACAAGAUUCAGACAUAAAUAAAAAUAUAAAUGAUUCACAUUUAAUGUAUGAAAAUGAAUCCAAAAAUAACACUUAUAAUGAAAAAAAUAAAAAUAAAACGUCUUUUGGACAUUGUUUAGAUAAUUUGUCUGAUAGCACUAACCCAUCUACAAAUAAAGAAUAUACAAAAUUUUAUAAAAAAAAAAAAAAUAAUGGAUAUAAAAAUGGAAAAUAUAAAAUUUCUUCACUAUUUCGAAUAAAAGAAAAUAAAAAACAUUCAAAUGAUUGCGAUAAGAAAAAAGAAAAAAAAGAAAAAGAAGAAAAAAAAGAAAAAAAUUUACUGCAUAAUAAUUAUUUGUAUAAGAAAAAAGCAACAGUUAACACAACAAAUAAUUCAAAAAUUAUGUCAAGAUAUUUUGUAAAUGAUAAUAAUAAUUCUUCAGAACCUAAAUGGGAAUAUGAUGAAAAAAAAAAUUUAGAAUGUUAUAAAUAUCCAGUAGAUAAUAAAAAAGAAAGAAAGGAAAAUGAUAAAAUACAAGAACUACUUGAUACAGGAAUAAAAAAAAAAAGAUAUAAUAAGCACAAUUUUAAUAAUUCAGAUGAUACUGAUAGUAAUACAUCGUAUUUAAACAAUAUAAAAAAAUUAUUAAGUCUUAAUGAUGAAGAAUUAAAAGAUGUUGUAAAAAUUUCCAAUUUUAGUAUAGAUUUAGAUAUUAAUAGUUUUUAUUAUAACUUUAUAAAAGAAAAUAGCGAUUAUUCCAUUUUAUAUUUUAAUAUAAAUCAUAAUAAAAAUAUAUAUGAUAUAAAAGAACAUAAAAAUUAUACAAACGAAAAAAUAGUAAGUUAUAAACAAAUUUCUUCAUUUAAUUUUGGUAUGUAUGUUUGUAAUAUUUCUAUUCAAGAAUUUUGCUAUUUUUAUUAUAAUUUAUAUAAUAAAAAUAAUAGAAAAUCAUACCAUAAUUUAAAAUGUAAAAAAAGUAAAGAAAACUAUUUAGAGAAUCAUGAAACACAAAAAAACAAUAAUAAUAACAAUUACACAAGUGAUAAUUAUUUUAAUAAUAUUAAAUAUGAAAUAGAUAAAAAAUAUAAUAUUGAUCCAAUUAAAAAUAAUGAAAUAAAAGAAAAUUUAUAUUUUAUGCAUGGACUUAAUCACAUAAGUCCAUAUAACUCAAUAUAUGAUAAAAAAAAUCAUAAAAAUGAGAUAAAAGAAACAGAAAAAUACAACAUUAAAGAUAUUAUUAUGAAAAAUAAUAAUAAUAAUAAUAAUAAUAAUAAUAAUAAUAAUAAUAAUAAUUGCAACCUUAAAAAUAAUGAAAAUGUUAAUAAUAAUAAUUAUAAUAAUAAUAAUGAUAAUAAUAAAUGUAAUCAUAAUUUUAUAAAAACAAAUUUUUUUCCUAAAAAGAUAUUAAAAAAAUUUCGUAUACAUAAGGUUGAAGCUUUAUAUAAUGAAAAAGAAAACGAAAUAAAAAAUAAAAAUAUUCAAAAUAUAAAUAGAGAUACUAGAAAAGAUAAUAUUAAAAAAAAACAUAAAAAUAUUUUUCAAAAAAAAAGAAUUCCAAAUGAUACAUAUCAUAACCAAGAAAAAGACAAUUUAUAUUAUCAUAAUAAUUAUGAUGAAAUAAAAUGUAUAUGUAAUGACUUAAACUGUUGUAAAAAUUUUAAAACAUUAACCAACAAUGAAAUAAAUUAUAAAAAUAAAAACGAAAGUUAUAUUAAAAAUAAUAUGAACUAUAUAUAUGACGAAAACAAAUGUGAUCAAAAUAUUUUCAAAUUUAAUCUAUUUAAUAAUCUCAAAAAAAAAUAUAAAUUUAAAAAGGAUCAUCAACUUAUUAAUGAAGAUGAAUCAGCACAAAAAAAUAAAAUUAAGAAUUUUUUUAUAAAAAAAUUUAAAUGGAAAAAAGAAAAAAAUGACAGUAAAUAUAUUAUGAAGAAUUACAUAUGUAAUGAUAAUAAAAAUGAAUAUAUAAAAGAUAAUAAUUUUAAUAAUAGUACCAAUUUGUAUAAUAGAGAAAAAAAAUCUAGUAAAGUAUUAUUAAAACAUAAUAUAACUAAAAAUUUGAUGAUAAAAUUUAAAAACUUUUAUAAAAGUAGGAAAAAAAAUAAAGAGUUAAAUACAGAAACAAAUAAUAAUAUUUUAACUAAUAAUAGUAUGAAGAAUAAUAAACAUAGAUUAAGCAUUCCUAAAAACGUAAUAGAAAAAAACAAUAGUACUUUUAAUAAUGAAUAUUUCUUUGAGAAGAAUAUAAAUAAUGAAACAAAUAAUGAAAAUAAAGUAAAAUAUAUUGAGUUGAAUAAUAAUUUAAAAAAUAUAAGUGUAGAAGAAAAUUUUCCCAAUUUCUCAAACUUUUAUUAUAAGAAUGAAGAACAACAUAGUAGAAAAUUUAUAUCAAAAGAAUAUAUUGAUAAUAAUUUUGAUGAUAUAUAUUAUAUUCAGAGGAUAAAUGCUGAUAAUGAUUUUUUUUCUAUUUUUAUUAACGUGUAUCAAAUAUAUAUUUUUUCAAAGCAAAAUUACAAUAAUGAAAAAAUUUCAAAUCGUAAUGAAGAUAUAAGAAAUAACAGUCAAACUUUAGUGUCAAUUUAUUUAUUUAUUGUUGUUAAAAGUAAUUUUUUGAAGUAUUUAAUUAAAAAAAAAAUAUAUAACGAAAUUAAUAAUUGCAUUAACAAUUGGAAAAAAUAUUUAAUGAUACAUAUUCAAAACAUAAAAGGGAGCACAUCUAUAUCAGUUAAUUUAAAUGACGAAAAUAAUGAUCAUAUUAAUAAUAUAAUAAAAAAUAUAAAAUUUUUUAUUAAUGAUUAUUUAAAAGAUAUUAUUUAUAAUUUUAUGACAAAUUUUUUUUAUUUUUUUGGUAUAUAUGAAAAUAAAGCUUUAGAAAAUUAUUUUUCAUAUUUUAACAAAAAUUUAAGUUUUGUACAUAAGAAAAAUAUGGAUUUUAAAAGUAUAUAUAACAAAUUUAUCAAAAAUGAAAAAAAAAAUGAAAAAAUAUUAGGAAACAAAAAAGAUUAUAUUAAGUCAAAAUUUCCAAACCUUUUUAAAAAAAGGAAUAAUAUUAACCAAUCUAAUUUGUGUAAAAAAUUUUCAUCGAAUGGUUCAAGUAAUAAUGAAUCACUUUAUUUUACAUCUCAUCAUAUCGCUUAUAAUUAUAUUGCCUAUAUAAAUAGCAUUUAUUUUAGAAGAAUAAUUUUGUUAUAUUUUUUAGUUUUUCUUUUUUUUAUAAUGACAACUAAUUUUAAUUUUUUUUAUAUAUAA